CCCGGGUGCCCUGUUCCGGGGGCCGGGCAGUCCCCGGGAGCUUCCACCCCACCCUUUCCGCCAGCUCUGGGUCACCCCAGCGCACGCCCUGGGGCAGAAGGGGCCUGUCCCCCGCGGUUACCGUCCUGCACCAGCGCUGUCUUGCUGGCAGCCUGCAGCCUCUCCAGCCAGCUCCGCACCGCCAUGGCGACUGGGCCCUGUCGCCACGGCAACGCGGACACUUCCGGCCGCCACCGGGAAGUACUUCCGCCGCCCGGGCCCGGCCUGUAGAAGUUGCAGCUAAACUUCCCACCAGGCCUAUGGAGCCACAGGGGAUUGUCAAAGCCUUUCCCAAGAGGAAGAAAGUGAGAGAUGACUUAGGGAAAAGCAUCCCCUCAAAGAUCCCAAAAGAGGAAGGAAAGGAAAUACCUGAUGCAGAGUGGCUGAAUCCAGUUGCUGUUUACGUGCUACAAGCUGGCAUUGGCCAAGCCAGAGCAGAGAUCUUCCACAAGCAGAUUGUCCAGAAUGGGGGUGCUGUACACAGUCAGCUCUCCUCGGAGGUGACGCAUGUCAUUGUGGCUGAAGACAUGGACUGUGAUCGGGCUUUUCGGCUCCUUAAAUUAACCAAGCUACCUUCAGGAUUGCAGCUAGUGAAGGCAUCCUGGCUGAGUGCUUGCAUUAGAGACAAUAAGUUGCUGAGUACUGCUGGCUACCGUGUCUUUAUCCCUCGCAGGUACCUGAAGGAGGAAGAACUGCAAAAAAAGGAGCAGCAGCAGGUCCUGAGCAGUGAAGAGAUCCAGCCCCCAGCAGAGGAGGGAGCAAUGAAACCAAAUACUAAAGCACAGGUGGAGGAUUCCUCACAGCAAGGCCUGUGCACCCUUGGACAGCAGCAGCUGGCUGAGAAAGACUCUGAUGAUGAAGGCAGUGAAGGAGAAGAUGCUGGUGUCACGCAGGGAGAUCUGGAAGCAUUGAUUUCUGGCCAUUACCCUGUGAAAUCACCAGAGGAGACCAGUGACAGCUCUUCCUCAGUGGUGCAGCCUCCCAGCAAGUGGGUUUGUGCCCAGUCCUCCAACAGCAAGAAGGAGAAUCACAACCAGUGCAUCACAGAGAAGCUGGAAGUGCUGGCAAAGGCCUACACUGUCCAGGGGGACAAGUGGAGAUCUCUGGGCUACUCCAAAGCCAUCAAUGCACUCAAGAGCUACCACAAACCAGUCACCUCCUACCAGGAAGCCUGUAAAAUCCCUGGGAUUGGGAAGCGGAUGGCAGAGAAGAUCCUGGAGAUCUUGGAGAGUGGGCAUCUGCGCAAACUGGACCACAUCAGUGAGAGUGUGCCAGUGCUGGAGUUGUUUUCCAACAUCUGGGGAGCAGGGACUAAAACAGCUCAGAUGUGGUACCAGCAGGGCUUCCGGACACUGGAUGAUAUUCGCACCAAGGCAACCCUCACCCACCAGCAGGCUGUGGGGCUGAAGCACUACAAAGAUUUCCAGGAGCGUAUGCCUCGGGAGGAGGCUGCAGAAAUAGAACACACUGUCAAAGAAGCUGCCCUGGCCCUGAAACCUGGGCUUGUGUGUAUGGCAUGUGGCUCCUACCGUCGGGGGAAGCCCACCUGUGGAGAUGUGGAUGUGCUGGUCACUCACCCAGAUGGGCAGUCUCACCAUGGGGUGUUCAGCAAGCUGCUUGACAGCCUCCACAGGAGCGGCUUCCUUACGGAUGACCUGUUGAGUCAGGAGGACAACGGUGAGCAGAAGAAGUACCUGGGAGUGUGUCGCCUGCCCGGGCCAGGCCGGCGUCACCGCCGGCUCGACAUCAUCGUGGUGCCCUAUAGGGAGUUUGCCUGUGCCCUGCUCUACUUCACUGGCUCGGCUCACUUCAACCGCUCCAUGCGGGCCCUGGCCAAGACCAAGGGCAUGAGCCUGUCCGAGCACGCCCUCAGCUCGGCUGUGGUGCGGGGCCCUGGAGGUGUCAGGGUGAUGUCUGGUCAUACUUUGCCCACUCCCACUGAGAAAGAUGUCUUCAUUCAGCUGGGGCUACCUUACCGGGAGCCCUCCGAACGGGACUGGUGACACCCAGUUGUCACCCAGCACCCUGAGCCCAUUGCUCUGCUGCUGUUUUGAAGGGUGCUGGUCUCCCCAGUGCUGCUCUGUGGUGACUGCAAACUGGAGGACAUACCCCAGCAAAGUGGGGUUCAUUGUAAAAGUGGGGCCCUGCUGCUUUCUGAGCUGUGUGGCUUCACCCGAAGGAGGCCGUGAGCUGGAGCCAUGCUGGAUCACUACCCGAUGCCACAGGACCCAUCACUGCCUACCAAAAGGGCUUGCUGCCCAUCAGCUAUCCUGGCCCUACUCUCCUUGGGAAAGCUUCAGAAGGCUGGGCUGCAGAGCCUGGUGAUGUAGCUGCUCCCAGUGCUUGUGAGUGGGAGAAGUGGGAUGUAUCUUCCUCUGUGUCUGGGCACAGACACCCCGAAUGCUCUGUCCUGAGCUGUGCAUGAAGGCUGCAGGGGUCUGGCUUGGCCCUGGGACAGGCCUCUCCCCUUCUCACUACUGCAGGAAUCACAAAAGGUUCCCCUGUGCUGCUGCUGUGUCCUUCCUCCAUCUGAGCUGACUUGCAUCCUCUGAUGGAUCUCACUGCACAGGGCCAGGCUGCUAUGAGUGCCCUCAGCUUUCCCUGGUGCCCAGUAAGCUUUGAAGGAGGUGUAGGGACCCAGUGUGUUGUUCCUGCUGGCUCUCUGUUUGUUGUGUGCCAAGAAUCCUCCAGUGCAGAGAGCUGUGAUCCCCCUGGUUUGGCCCUAAUGCCUCCUUUCCUUUCAGUGCAGAAGAGCAGACCUCACAGCUUAGGGUUUGAAUGUAAUGGCACAGAAUGUAACCCAGCUGGGCUGUGUGUGCAUGGGAGGCAAGGAGGCAGAGAGAAACACAAGGAGAUAGUUUAGUUCUACUUUGGGUGAAGUAAAGUUUUCCCUUUUUUUUUUUUUGUGGAAGCCACGGAGUCAUCUGGUCUUUGAUCAGAGAAAGUGUGUGUGUACAUGCAUGUGGAUGUGGCUGGCCCCAUCAGUUCUAUGGGAGUAGGUUUUUUCUCAAGAAACUUCAACUAUUUUAUAUUCUGGAGAUGGAUUUCCCAGAGCCUUUCAGUGCUCUGUUUCCAUUAUGAGUAUUGCAGUGAUUCCUCCUGGCAGAGGUGCUGCUCUGUGGCAUGGGCUGCCAGAACACCAUGGUGGGCAUUUCUGUGCCAGGACCCCAGCGCUCCCUCUGGCUGUUCCUGGGCCUGGCCUCCUGCUUCCUUCUCUUGCAGUGACAAGCUGUGUGUUUGCUGCUAGGGCAGGCAUGAGGGCAUCGAACCCAUUGGGUUUCUACAGUUUCUUGCUGCACUUUCAGCUGUGGGUGCUGGGCACCAGCAGUGGGGCUGGGGAGGCCUUGACACCAGCAGCGUCAUUUGUCAACCCAGCCUUUACUGAACACACAGUGGAAAUGAAUGUCUUCUGGCAUCUCUUGGUGCUUGCAAAUUUGAAGUAUAAUAAAUCCCUUCUCUCUUU